AUGAGCAGCCCGUCUCCAUGUCUGUUGCGUGCCGUCAGCCAACCCCGGCUCCGAGAGGUCAAGAUCAGCCUGAAGACCAGGGAGACCCGGGAGACUAACAGGGAGACGUCCACACCCCUCCGAUCCAUUGGUGUGACCCUGGGGAGGGACAGGAACAGUUACAGAGAGGCCACCAGGGACCGGGCCAUCACCCCAGGGAAAGAGACCCCGCUCCGKGCCACUCUGAGCAGCAGCAACCGCAGCCGGAGCACCCCACCCGUCCACAGAGCCCAGAGGAGGCCAGCGAGGGGUGAUGGGAGAACCACCAGGCAGGAGACAGAGCACCAGCCUGAGAGGAACGGGACCCUCCGGGUCAUACCCACGUCUGGAUCUAGAGACCCUCAUCCUCUGGGAAAAGGUCUGGGUCUCUCCCCCAUCUCCUGUUUCUCCUCUUCCUCCUCCACCUGCACCCCUGCCAGACGUCAGCAACGCCAUGCUCUCUCUCCCCCUUGCCCAGCUUCUCCCCCCACCACCUCCACCUCAGGCAGGAGUAUGAAGAAGGCGAGGUGUCUGAGCUAUAGCACCUCCAACAUCUGCUUCAACUCCAUCCUGGAUGGACGCUUCAGGCAGCUGCAAGAUGAGCGUGAAGCAGUCCAGAAGAAGACCUUCACUAAGUGGGUCAACUCCAUCCUGUCCCGGGUCAGCUGCCGGAUCUCUGACCUGUACCUGGACCUCAGGGAUGGACGGGACGACGUCAUGCUCAUCAAACUACUGGAGCUCCUCUCUGGAGAGAAACUGCCCAAGCCCACUAAGGGCCGUAUGCGGAUCCACUGUCUGGAGAACGUGGACAAGGCCCUGCAGUUCCUCAAGGAGCAGAGGGUCCACCUGGAGAAYAUGGGAUCAUACGACAUCGUCGACGGCAACCACCGCCUCAUCCUGGGACUCAUCUGGACCAUCAUUCUCAGAUUCCAGAUCCAAGACAUUGUGGUGGAGAUGGGACAGGUAGACGGGACUCAACGGGAGAGCCGCACAGCCAAGGACGCUCUGCUACUCUGGUGCCAGAUGAAGACUGCCGGAUAUCCAAACGUAAACAUCACCAACUUCACCACCAGUUGGAAAGACGGCAUGGCGUUCAGCGCUCUCAUACACAAACACAGACCAGACCUGGUGGACUAUAGUGGCCUGAAGAGGUCCAAUCCAACCCAUAACCUUCAGAAUGCCUUCAAUGUAGCAGAGCAGACGCUUGGAGUAGCAAAACUGUUAGACCCUGAAGAUGUGUUCACAGAGAACCCAGAUGAGAAGUCCAUCAUCACAUACGUUGUGGCUUUCUACCACUACUUCUCCAAGAUGAAGGCAUUAGCGGUGGAGGGGAAGAGAGUUGGCAAGGUACUAGACCAUGCCAUAGAGACAGAGAAGAUGAUUGACAAGUACGAAACCCUGUCGUCAGACCUGCUGAUAUGGAUACAGCAGACCAUCAUCGUCCUGAACAACCGUAAACUGGCCAACUCUCUUACUGGGGUCCAACAGCAGCUCCAAUCCUUCAACUCCUACCGCAUAGUGGAGAAACCACCCAAGUUCCAGGAGAAAGGUAAUCUGGAGGUGCUGUUGUUCACCAUCCAGAGUCGUAUGAGAGCCAACAACCAGAGAGUCUAUACCCCCAAGGAGGGGGCUCUAGUGGCUGAUCUCAACAGGGCCUGGGAGCAUUUGGAGUGGGCGGAGCAUGAGAGGGAACGUGUCCUGAGAGACGAGCUGAUUCGUCAGGAGAAACUGGAGCAGAUGGCAAGACGCUUCGACAGGAAGGCUUCCAUGAGAGAGACCUGGCUAAUGGAGAACCAGAGACUGGUGGCACAGGACAACUUCGGCUACGACCUGCCGGCGGUAGAGGCCGCUAAGAAGAAGCACGACGCCAUCGAGACGGACAUCGCUGCCUACGAGGAACGCAUCCAGGGCAUAGUGGCCAUCGCUAAAGAGCUGGAGUCUGAGCGUUACCACGACACCAAGCGCAUCGACGUGCGUAAGGACAACAUCCUGAGGCUGUGGGAUUACCUACAGGAGCUGCUGAAAGCUCGCAGGGCACGCCUGGACAAGAACCUCACCCUGCAGAGGAUCUUCCAGGAGAUGUUGUACAUCAUCAACUGGAUGGAUGGGAUGAAGGCUCGGCUGCUCUCCCCUGACUUUGGGAAGCACCUGUUGGAGGUGGAUGAGCUGCUCCAGAAGCAGGCUCUGGUGGAGGCCGACAUCACUGUGCAGGCAGAAAGAGUGCACGACUCCAACGCGGCUGCUCUCAAGUUUGCCAAUGGAGAUAGCUACAAGCCCUGUGACCCCCAGGUGAUUAAGGACCGGGUGCAGCACCUGGACCUGUGUUACCAGGAGCUGUGUGCCCUUGCAGCCCAACGCCGCGCUCGCCUUGAGCAGUCCCGACGCCUCUGGAACUUCUUCUGGGAGAUGGCCGAGCUGGAGAGCUGGAUCAAGGAGAAAGAGCAUAUCUUCUCCUCGCUGGACUACGGCAAGGACCUGACCAGUGUGCUGGUCCUGCAGAGCAAACACAGUGCCUUCGAGAACGAGCUGGGGGCUCGCCGUGCACACCUGCAGGAGAUCAUGGACGAGGGUGAUAAGAUGAUCCAGGCCAGACACUUCGGGGCGCCCCAGGUUGGUGAUUGCAUGGAGGACGUGAGGCGUCAGUGGCAGCAGCUGGAGGAACUGGCAGCGUUCAGAAGGCAGAACCUCCAGGACACCCAGCGGUUCUUCCAGUUCCAGGGAGACGCUGAAGACCUGAAGGCCGGGCUGCUGGAUGCCAAGAGGCAGAUGACUAGUGAUGACAUGGGCCAUGAUGAGUAUACCACCCAGAGGCUGCUGAAGAGACACCGAGACCUCCGGAACGAUGUCGCCAAGAACGGAGCCACCAUCGAUGCUCUGACCAAACAGGCGGCGGCGCUACCCGAGGAGCUGCGCAACACGCCUGACAUCCAAAGACGUCUGAAGGACAUCAGAGACCUGUACAUGGAGCUAAUGUCCCUGUGUGACCUGAGGCAGAAGAAGCUGGAUGAUGCCAUGGCCCUCUACACAAUCUUCAGUGAGACAGACUCCUGUGAGCUGUGGAUGGGCCAGAAGGAGACCUUGUUGKUGGGGCUGGACGUACCGGAGAAUCUAGAGGAUCUGGAGGUGGUGCAGAACAGGUUGAGUAUUCUUGGUUCAGAUAUGGCUAAUGUCCAGACGCGUGUUGAUGAUGUCAACAAAGCAGUGAAGCAGCUUGAGGACAGCAGACACCCUUGUACCAAAGAGGUGAAGGAAUGCCAGUUGAGACUUAAUAAGAGGUGGAAGGCCUUCAAGGCCAUGGUUGAGGACAAGAAGCGGAAGGUGGAUUCAGCUCUCAGCUACCACAACUAUGGACUGGAGUGUGACGAGACAGAGGCCUGGAUCAGGGACAAAACCCGGGUCAUCAAGUCUACCCAGGACCUGGGCAACGACCUGAACGCUGUGAUGACCAUCCAGAGGAAACUCUACGGCAUGGAGCGGGACCUGGCUGCCAUCGAAGACAAGCUCAACUUCCUGAGGAGCGAGGCGGACCAGCUGGCCAAGGACCACCCAGACAACGCUGCAGACAUCCUGUCUAGGAGAGCCGAGCUGGACGCAGCCUGGGAUAACCUGAGGGCCACACUGAAGGACCGGGAGGACUCUCUGGGAGAGGUGUCCAAACUGCAGACCUUCCUACAGGACAUGGAUGACUUCCAGUCCUGGCUCUUCAAGACCCAGAAGGCCGUGGCAUCCGAGGACAUGCCUGAGACCCUGCCCCAGGCUGAGCAGCUGCUGAACCUCCACGAUGAUGUAUAUGAUGACAUGGAUGCUCAUGAGGAGGACUACCACAAGGUGAGRGACACGGGCGUGGCGGUAACCCAGGGCCAGCUGGAYGACCCUCAGUACCAGGAGCUGGACAAGAGGCUGAAAGGUCUGGACCGCGGCUGGGACGAGCUACACAAGAUGUGGGACAGCAGGAAGGGCUUCCUGGACCAGGGCCUGGGCUUCCAGCUGUUCAUGAGGGACACCAAGCAGGUGGAGACCAUCCUCAACAACCAGGAGUACACUUUGGCCCACACAGACAAGCACGACACCCUGGAUGGAGCCGAGCAGGCCCUAAAGAAGCACGAGGACUUUGUCUGCACCAUGGACGCCAACAUGGAGAAGCUUGCCAGCACACUUGAGGGGGGACAGAGAUUGGUGAACAGCGGGAACCUCUACUCCCCCAAGGUCCAGGACAAGAUGGACUCCAUCCAUGACAGGUACAUCAAGAACCGAGGCAAAGCCAACGAGGUGACAGGGAUCCUCAAGGAUAACCGUGAUCUUCAACACUUCCUGCAAAACACUCAGGAUCUGACUCUGUGGAUAAACGAGAAGAUGUUGACUGCUCAGGACGUGUCGUACGACGGGGACAGGAACCUUCACACCAAGUGGAAGAAGCAUCAGGCCUUCAUGGCUGAGCUGGCCUCCAACAAAGACUGGCUCAACAAGAUAGACCAGCAAUAUGGACCGUAUCCUGAGAGGUUGACUGCCAUGUUCAGUCUGAAUCGCAAGGGCACUCUGCUCUACCAGCUUGCUCCCUGCGCUGGGCCAGGGGGUGGAGGAGCUGCUGGGAAGUCCUCUGGGAUGGCCUUGUCAGCCUCCAGUCCGCUGGUCCUCCGCUCCGGGCUGGAGCACCAUGCUUCUGGAAGCCCUCCCUUGGAGGUCACUCCAGCUCCCUGCCUGGAUUGCAGCAGCAAGUGUUCUCUGGUUGCUGGAGAAGUGGGGGGUGGGGGCUGGCAGAGGGUUAGAGCCGGCUUAGGGGUUAAUUUGUUCUCCACCAUUCGCCAGGAUGAGCAGAGUGCCAUGUUGAUGUUGAAGCGUCACCUGAUAGUGAAGCAGGCUGUAGAUGUCUACUCAGACUCCAUCCAGAAGCUGUCUGACCGUGCUCAGAAGAUGCUGAAUGAAGACCACCCUAAUGGUGAAUCUAUCAUCCGUCGUCAGGGCCAGGUAGAUAAGCAGUACGCUGGUCUGAAGGACUUGGCAGAAGACCGCAGGAGGAAGCUGGACCAUGUCUAUCAUCACUUCCUGCUGAGCCGAGAGGUGGAGGAUCUGGAGCACUGGAUCGCUGAGAGGGACGUGGUGGCCUCCUCACAGGAGAUGGGACAGGACCUGGAUCAUGUUACAAUCCUGAGGGACAAGUUCCGUGACUUUUCCCGGGAGACAGGGAUGGUGGGACAGGAGCGGGUGGACUAUGUGAACCAGACCAUAGAUGAGCUGAUCAAAGCGGGCCACGCGGAGGCUGCUGCCAUGGCUGAUUGGAGGGACAGCGUCAACGAGAGCUGGGCUGACCUGCUGGAACUCAUAGACACCCGAGUUCAGCUCCUACAGGCCUCCCACGACCUGCUCAAGUACUUCGAUGAUGGGAAGGAGCUGGUGUCUCAAAUCCAGGAGAAACAUAAUGAGAUUCCUGCUGACCUGGGAGAAGACUUCAGCAAGGCAGAUACCUUCCACCGCAUGCACGCAGCCUUCGAGAGGGACAUCAGCGCCCUGGGGAAACAGGUCCAGCAGUUCCAGGAGACAGCGGCCCGCCUGCACGCCCAGUAUGCUGGGGACCAGGCUACAGAGAUCCAGGCCCAGGAGAAGGAGGUGGUGGAGGCCUGGAAGGCUCUACUGGAUGCCUGUGACGGCCGCAGGAAACGCCUGGAGGAGACAGCUGACAAGUUCCGCUUCUUCACCAUGGUCCGAGACCUGAUGGCCUGGAUGGAGAGCACCAUACAGCAAAUAGAGACACAGGAGAAACCACGGGAUGUGUCAUCAGUAGAGCUGCUGAUGAAGUACCACCAGGGGAUCAGGUCUGAGAUCGACCAGCGUGGAUCAAAGUUCUCUGACUGUGUGGCGCACGGCAAGGCUCUGCUGGCACGCAAACACAAAUACUCUGCUGAGAUCAAGGAGAAACUGAUCCAGCUGAUGGAGAAGAAGAAGGAGAUGAUGACCAAGUGGGACGACCGAUGGGACUGGCUCAGGCUCCUGUUGGAGGUGUGCCAGUUUGCGCGGGAUGCCUCAGUGGCGGAGGCGUGGCUAGUGGCUCAGGAGCCGUACGUGGCCAGUAAGGACCUGGGACAGACUGUAAACGAGGUGGAGAAACUACUGAAGAGACACGAAGCCUUCGAGAAGUCCACCGCCACCUGGGAGGAACGCUUCUCAGCCCUGGAGAGACUUACUACAUUGGAGCUGCUAGAGUUGAGGAAGCAGCAGCAGGAGAUACAGCAGUUUGUAACAGAGGAGCAGAAGCGUUCACAGAUGGAGAGCAGGAGAGAAGACACAGGGUUUGCAGAGGAUUCCUCCCAGCUCUACACCAUCGAGGAGCAGACACUGGGUUUCAAACGUGGGGCAAGACACAUCAUUGGAGUUGACCAUUGGUCUGAAAACAAUGCAUCACACCCAAAAUCUGCCUCAGGAGCAGUUGAGGUGGAGCCCAGUUUGGGUCAGUUGGAGGGAACACCGGGUGACUCUACGGUGCCCAUGGUCUCUGAGAUGCAGGAUGCUGGCUUGCAGGAGGCUAGCUCUCUGGAGCUGCUGGAUGCCUCUGUGUCAGGACAGACCCCCAGGGAGGGGGAGCCCCGGGCCGCCACCCUACCCGCUGACCCCCUCAGCCCUAAGGCUGUGCUGCAGGAUGGCAUGCUGGGACGGAAACACGACCUAGAGGCUGCUGGAAAGAAGGCUUCCAACAGGUCCUGGAACAACCUGUACUGUGUGNUGAAACCUGGUCAGCUGUCUGUCUAUAAGGACGCCAAGAGCUUCGGCCAUGGCUCCACCUACCACGGAGAGGACCCUCUGUCGCUCGGCAACGCCAAAUGGGAAGUCCUGAACAACUACAAGAAGAAGAAACACGUAUUCAUACUGAGGCUGGGUGAUGGUAGUGAGUACCUGUUCCAGUGUAAAGACGAGGAGGAACUGGGUCGUUGGACCCAGGCCAUAGAGAAAGCAGUGAAGCCCCUGGCACAGGAAGAGGCGGAACCCUCAGGGUCCGCAGGGGUCCGGGCCCGCAGCCUGCCCCCUCCUUCCUCUUCUACCACCCUCACCACCCCAGAGCCAGCGAAAGACAAGAAAGACAAGGAGAAGAAGGGCUUCAGUCGGUUUGCCAAUAAAAAGUGAGGAUGGACAGACUGACUAUAUUGCAGGUCUUGGGCAGAAGAAGAAGUUGUAGUGUACAAUCAGAAUGAAUUUUAUCUUAAAAGAUGUUCUUUUUUACUUUGAAAUAGAUGAGAUAUUGUAGUUUAGACCUCUGCACACUCUGCUGCCCGUAUUAAAGCCAGUGUAACAACCUUUUCUUUCUCUUUUUGACAAAAUAUGCUAAAUUCAGAUAGCUAAAUAAAAGCACAGGAAUGCUCUUUUCACACUCAACCAAAGAAUGUUUGUAAAAUUCAUUAUUUUCCUUUUACAAUUGUUUCCCAACUUUGCUUUAAAUAAAAGCAUGCUUGUAUGAUUUGUAUUACAAAACAG